AUGAAGGUCUCUCAUUUUUUCUUUCCCAUUCUACUAUUCAACGUCUGUUUCUAUGGCUGGAUUCGUGCUCAAAGUGUAGACUUGACAUCGUGCGUCAGUGGGCAAUGGGUAGCUUGUGGUAUUUCUGUGGGUACAGCAAUUUACAAGAAGUAUAACUCAUGGAGUGAUAUCGACGAAAAACCGGCUUUUGGUACAGUGUGCAAAUCACAAUUCAAAAGUGGUUUUUACGAUUGGAAGUGGGUGUGGAGUGGCAAGUUCUGGUGUCCAUCAUUAAGUGCAGUUAUCAUGGGUGAAAGUACAAAAUGGAAAAGUCGAGAUGGAGCUAUUGAACAUGCUAUUCAAGAUUACGUUACGAAAAUGACAUCAGCUGGGUUGCUGAAACCACCACAGCUUAUUGAUAUACCACAUGGACUAGUUCCAUUCCAUCGUUAUAGUCAGGGUGCUUAUAAUCAUUUCUAUACCAUAAAUCCAAAUGAAAUUGGCACCAUUACUCCUGGCAGCACCGGUCUUGGCAAUUNAAUAUUUUGUCGUUUUUUCGUCAUCGUGUUACGACAUAAGUUUCAUCGACUACUUUCAAGCGACUUGUAA